AUGAGCGUUUGGGGGGCUGAGUCUGAAACAGGAACGGCCAUCUAUGAUACGUACCUGCACCCCGUCUACGGCGUCAUCGGCUUCGUGGGCGAGUUGUUCCUGUGGGGCGGGGCGGGCGGCGCUGCCUUCCACUUCGCCAGGGGGCUCCGCGCCGCGCCCAGCGGCGCCGCCUGCGCGAACGCGCCCCGCGUCACCGGCACGUUCGCCGCCUACUGCGCCGCGUUCUCCGCCGUCGAGACCGCCGUGUCCCGCGCGCGCGGCAGUGAGGGCUUGUGGUGCUCUGGUGGCGCCGCCGUCUGGGGCCUGCGCGGCAUGCGGCGGGGCGGCGCCCCGGCCGCCGCGGGAGGCGCGCUCCUCGGCGCUGCGGUCCCUCUCGCGCUCUACGUCAUCGAUCACGCUGGCAUGGUGUGGCAAAGCCGCCGCGCUGACGCUGACUCCGUCCUCCUCCAGAAGCGGAUGAUGGCUCGUGGCCAGCCAACGCCCGUAGCCAUCGCCGCGAGCCGGACGGGCAGCUCGCACCGCCGAGGAGCCCACAUCUGA